AGCCUCUCCUCUUCUCUGGGCGGUUCCAGUCUGAAAGAGACGUCCGCGGAGAAAAAGCUCCCCGACAAAAACUAUCAGCGACAGACACAAACAUGGCGCCUGCCUCCGCCAGCAACUUCAGGUGAAAGUGUGAAGAAGAAGAAGAAGAAGAAGAAGAAAAGCGGAGCAAAGUUUCAAAGGAGGAUUUUACGAAGUGCCCCCUUUUUUGUUUUUUCCUGCGCGUCUUCCAGAGUCUGACCUGUUUCUCACAAAUAGAAAUACGGAACAUAUCAAAGCGGGUAAAAAAACUGCAAGUUGCCUUCAUGUCAACAUUGUCUCGGGCUGCAGUGUAAACAGCUGGUUCGCCCAGCCAUGAUUGAGGACAAGGGUCACCGAGUGACCGACUACUUUGUGGUAGCUGGGUUGACGGACAAGUCCACGCCCCUGGAGCAGGACCUGUCAGAGACCAAGUCCGGUGGACCCAAAGCACCCAUCACCGACCUGGCUGUCAUUAACAGGUCGGCAGGAGAAACAGUACCGGAGGGUUUUACAUGCAUCGACAGCACCUACAGCGGCCAGCCUGCAAACCUUAAUCAUGGCAGUCUCAAGAGCCCCGAGCUGUUUCUGUGCUACAAGAGGAGUCGAGGGAAGUCUCCUCUCAUUGAUAUCGGGGUGCUGUAUGAGGGGAAGGAGCGUCUCAUCCAGGGCUGCGAGGUCAUCCAAGCCACGCCGUACGGCCGCUGCGCCAACGUCAAUAACAGCUCCGCCACCUCGCAGCGCAUCUUCAUCACGUUACGCACGCCGCCUGUCCAGCCUCAGAACUCGCUGGCUGUGACCGACAUCUGUGUCAUCGUCACCAGCAAGGGAGAGAUUCCUCCACAUACCUUUUGUAAAGUGGAAAAGAACCUCAACUGUGGCAUGUGGGGCUCCAGUGUGUUCCUGUGUUACAAGAAAUCUGUGUCUGCGUCCAAUUCUAUCAGUUACAAAGCAGGUCUCAUUUUCCGUUACCCAGAAGAGAACUAUGAGUCCUUUCCUCUUCCAGAACCUGUGCCUCUGUUUUGUUUGCCCAUGGGCGCCAAGAUCGAGUGCUGGGCACCAAACACACGAGACCCUCUACCUGUCUUCUCCACGUUUGUCUUAACCCUAUCUUCUGGGGAAAAGGUGUACGGAUCAGCCAUCCAGUUCUACGAGCCGUACCCAGUGGAUCUGUUGAGCGAGAAGCAGAAGAUCCAGCUGGGCCUGCUCACCACGGUAGAGAAGAAGAUGAUCCCUAACCGGCCCGUGAACACCAACAAAUGCAUCUGCCUGCUCUCCCACUGGCCCUUCUUUGAGUCCUUCCGCAAGUUCCUCAUGUUCCUGUACAAGCUCUCCGUCUCAGGCCCGCACCCGCUGCCCAUUGAAAAGCACAUCUCACACUUCAUGCACAAUGUAUCGUUUCCUUCCCCUCAGAGGCCAAGAAUAUUAGUCCAGCUCUCGGCACAUGACACGCUGAUCCUCUCCCAGCCUGUGUGUACACCCUUACCCCUCAGCGGGGCGGACUACGGCACGCUGCUGAUGAAUCUGGGCUCUGAGAACUGUGCCACACUGCUGCACUUUGUCCUGCUGGAGAACAAGAUCCUGCUGCACUCGCUCCGGCCCGCUGUGCUCACUGGAGUGGCCGAGGCCGUGGUGGCUAUGAUCUUCCCCUUCCAGUGGCAGUGUCCCUACAUCCCCCUGUGCCCGCUGUCUUUAGCACAAGUCCUCAACGCUCCUUUUCCGUUCAUAGUGGGUGUGGACUCCCGCUACUUCGACCUUUACGACCCCCCGCCAGAUGUUGUCUGUGUGGAUCUGGACACUAACACCAUCUACCUGUCUGAUGAAAAGAGACACAACAACUGGAAGAACCUCCCAAAGAAGCCCUGCAAGAGUCUCGUUAACUCUCUGAGCAACUUGCACCACCAGCUGGCCACCGUUGCAGUCCGCCAAACAUCACAGGAAGGCUCCGCGGUGGACAUGACCCCCAUCGAGGCUGACUUCACCUGGCACAAGAAGAAGACGGCCCUGGAGAUGGAGAUCCAGGAGACCUUCCUUCGCUUCAUGGCCUCCAUCCUGAAGGGCUACCGCUCCUAUCUCAAACCCAUCACAGAGGCGCCCUCGGAGAAGGCCACGGCGGCGGACUCCCUCUACGAUCUGCAAGGCUUUCUCAAAAGCAGAGACCGUACGCAUCAGAAGUUCUACUCCCAGCUCACCAAGACCCAGAUCUUCAUCCGCUUCAUCGAGGAGUGCACCUUCGUCAGCGACAAGGACACCGGCCUGGCCUUUUUCGACGACUGCGUGGAGAAGCUUUUUCCCUCUGAUAAAAUCGCGGACAAGGGCACCAAGGUUGAAGGCGAGUCAUCUGAGGACACGAGGCUGUUAGAACUGGACGAGUCGCAGAAGAGCGAGCACACUGUCUUUGUUAUGCCCCCUGAACCUGCAGCUGACGAUGGACCUGAACCUGCACCCAGAUACACUUAUAAAAGUUUCCCGAGGCUGCACAUGGGGCUCUUUGACCGUCCUAAAGAGUUACGGCCAGCGAUCAGCAGCAGGACAGCAGGCGCCAGUCUGUCCAGCAGCCCUGCACUGCUGGCUAAGAGGACCAAGCAGGAGAUCAAGCUGGCAUACAAGAUGGCAAAGCGCUUCUACUCCAACCCUGCGCAGUGGGCCCGCUGUCUGUUCAGCCACUGCUACAGCCUGUGGUUCAUCUGCCUGCCAGCAGCCGCGGGGCUCGCAAAGUCGAAAAGUCGCGCCAUGCAGCAGGCGUACAACAUCCUCCUGAAGAUGAGGACUACUGAGGUGGAGGUGCUGGAUGAGGUGUGCUUCAGAGUGGUGAUGCAGCUCUGUGGUGUGUAUGGUCUUCCUGUCAUGGCUGUGAGAGUUCUGGUUGAGAUGAAGAAAGCUGGAGUGCGCCCUAACGCCAUCACAUAUGGAUACUACAAUAAGGCCGUCUUAGAGGGCCCCUGGCCGAGCAGAAACCGGAGUGGCCUCUUCAUGUGGACUAAGCUGCGCAACGUACUGCGUGGAGCGACCCAGUUCAAGCAAGCACUCCACAGCACGUCUUCCAAGAAGGGAGCCACACUUAGUACCACAGCUGCAUCAGAAGAAGGGUCUGCAGCCACUGAAGUUGACCGUUUGAGUCAUGGAAGUGGCGACAGUUCAAGCGAGGUCAACGGUGAGGAACACAACCUGUUUGCACACAGCCACAGCCUGGAAGAGACCACAGACAACCACUGCAGUACAGGACGGCAGUCUGAUCAAGGCUAUGGCUCCAAGGACGAGUUACACCAGGAGCUAACAGAGCCUUCACAUUCAGCUCUUCUUUCUGCUGUGGAGAGGAACAGUUCCAAAAAUCAGCAUAAUGGUGGAGAUAUUGCCAGCUCUGUGGACAGUGCUAUAGCAGUGGCGGAGCCCCCCAGUCCUGUUGAUUUACCCUCGCCUGUCCCCAGCAUUGUGAAGCUGUUCACAGGGAGCUUUGACGCCGGCAGGGAAACAGGUACCGGGAAGCUGUUUAGGAGACAAAGCAAGACUGAUAGCGUGUCUUUCCCUGGUGACGAUGCCACGCUGGUAUCAGGGGACGUAGCUAACCAGCCACAGCAGCAGCGACAGAAGUCCUUUGCCGAGCGCAGCUGUAGCUUCAGCGCUGAGAGCCGCGCUGGGAUGCUCCUGGAGAAAGGAGUAGACCACAUGGCGAGUCAGAUGGGUGCAGAUGCCCGUAUCCUUGCUGCAGCUCUCUGUGCCGGCCAGAGCCCACCGCCUAAUAGUGUGUCUAAAGCACUUUUUAAAGACCUGGAAGAAGAGCCUGAAGAGGACCAGGGUCUGAUACUGGGAAAGCUACAUGACCAAGAGGGUACUGAGGCAGCAGGAGAAUGGAAAGGAGACGAGACAGAGGUAGAGCGGACUGAGGAUAAAAUGGAAAAACGAGAGAGGAAAGACACUGAGACACAGGACGAUGAUUUUGCCCUUCGUGGAGCGGCGCUGGAAAGAGAAGAUGUGCAGGCAGGUGCUGACCCGCUUUCCCGCCUGAUGUCCGAGAGCGAAGACUCUGCUUCCGUCAACAGCCAGGAGCCACUUCGCUCCGUGCCUGCUGUGGUGUCCCGCAACCUGGCCGAGGAAAUCGAAAUGUACAUGAGCCUGCGGAGUCCCCUGGGUGCGAAGUCGUCCAGCAUGGAGCUCCAGCAGGCUCAGGGAGACUCCACUGACGCCCCACAGCCCAAGCCGCCUCUGGAGCGCAGAUCCAGCCUCCCCGUGCCUCCUGUUAAAACUCUGACCGGCUCGCCUGGUGAUACACCCAAACGCAGUCCUAACACUGUCACACGCUCCAAGACUUUCGCAGUAAAGACAAGAACCCCCGCCAGCACUACAGGAAGCCCCGGACCAAGAUCUGCCUCACUGACUGCGCUGGUAAAGUCCUCCCAAGGGGGGUCGUUGGGAUCUGUCAUCAACUCUAUUUCAGGAAUAAAGAUGGACACCCUUUUGUCAGGACCCAAGAUUGAUGUACUCAAAUCCAGCAUGAAACAGGCGGCAAAUGUGGCCAGCAAAGUGUGGGGGGCAGUCGCUUCAGCUUACUCCUACUCUGAUGACGAGGAUGAACAUGCUCAGGGAGGAGGGGGCUUCCCGGCACGCCUCGAUGAAAACAUGCUAGCCGAACACGAGUUAGACGACAGUCCCGACAGAGGAGCCAUCCCGGGGUUGGUGGCAAACGGCCUGAACCAGAGCUGCACCAGCCUGGGCAGCAGCAGUGGCAGCAGCGACACUGGCAGAGGGACCCACCAGACGCAUCCAACUCCAGGACGAGCAGGCAGGGGUCCCGACUCUGAGCAGGGCUCGUCACAUCACGCCUCCUCCUCUAGUAUUUACCAGAACUGUGCCCUGGAGGUGCUGAUGUCCAGUUGCUCCCAGUGUCACUCUUGUGAAGCUCUGGUGUACGAUGAGGAGAUAAUGGCCGGCUGGACGGCAGAUGACUCCAACCUGAAUACCAACUGUCCUUUCUGCCGCACAGCCUUUCUCCCCUUUCUGCAUGUGGAGUUUCAUGACUUGCGCACAAUGACCGGCUUCUAUAUGAAUCCCAGUGCCUCAGGAGACAGCAUCCACAGCACCAGUGCCCAGCCCACAGCCAGUAGCUCAGCUGACAUAAAGUCACCAGACCUCAUCAGUUUCCCUGAAGAGGAAUCCAAGGAGUCUCCAGAUGACCAGACUGGAACACAUAAAAGUCUGAUUCCAGAGCCGGUGCAGUCGGAUCCCCUGGGUCUCCUGGAGCACCAGGCAGCGGGGAAGCAGCAGAAAUGCAGCGGGACGUCCCUGACGCGCAGCAACAGUGUCGGGGGCCCGCUGCAGAGCUUGGACUACUCCCAGAGACCUGGACAUGGUGUGUCCACCACCAGUCUGCCCUGUAGCCUGCAAGAAGUGUCGGAUGGCAUGGGGACUAAACGGCCAAAUCCCAAGCCUGUGUCUGUACCCUACCUCAGCCCCUUGGUGUUGCGCAAGGAGCUGGAAACCCUGUUGGAGAAUGAGGGAGACCAGGUGAUCUACACCCACAAGUUCCUCAGCCAGCACCCCAUCAUCUUCUGGAACCUGGUUUGGUAUUUCCGUCGCCUGGACCUGCCCAGUCACCUGCCAGGUCUCAUCCUUACCUCUGAACACUGCAACAAAGGAGUACAGCUGCCCCUGACCUCACUGUCCCAGGACAGCAAGCAGGUGUACAUCCAGCUCCUGUGGGACAACGUCAACCUGCACCAGGAGAAUGGAGAUCCUCUUUACCUGCUCUGGAGGACCUUUAUGGAGAAGAAGGGGACGUUGGCUCCAACAGACCACCAGGAGAUCCGUACCCUCCUCAACACAAUCGUUCGCAACAUCCAGACCAAUGAUGUCUACGGGCCAAUCAACCUGUUGAUCCGAGAGAUCAAGCGACGCCCAGAGGGGGUCAAACGCCAGAGGAGUAUCUAUAGAGACAUUUUGUUCCUCUCACUGGUGGCCUUGGGAAGGGAGAACAUCGACGUAGAGGCCUUCGACAGGGAGUACCGCCUGGCUUACGACGAACUGAGCGCCGAGCAGCUCAAGUCUUUGCACCGCAUCGAUCAACCGCCCAGCCCGAGCGUCCAGUGGUGUGUUAAAUGCUUCGGUGCCCCCUUCAUCUGAUCGCCAACGACUGCAGCAAAGACAGGAACCAUGGCCCAAGUGUUACAGCAGGAGGAAAGGAUUGGGUGGCGGGGGAAAUUAUUUUGAAUUGAAACGCGUCCAAUUCCCAAUCGUGGUACUACUUCUCCCCCUUGACCUAGAAGACACUCCUUUUCUGCUUUUUGACACCCUCAUGUUGCCUUUGUUAGAGGCUUACCAAGCCGCUACUUAAAUGGGACUCUUUGUGUAAAUAGGUUGGAAAGCUGCAGUGAAUCUUUUGGGUCUAGUUGAGGUAUACUUAUUCAAAGAUGGUGUAAAGGUGUAUUAAUCACUGUACAGAAUGUAUUGACUGCCCCUGUGGUGUAGACGUAUGUGUGUGUGUAAGUGUGUGUGUUUAAUAAUACAGUCAGUUAGUUUUCUGUCUUCACCUUUUUUGCCCAUUCACUCUAAUCUUUGCGAACUGUCCCAAAACAGACCAUGACUGUUCCAUUGUGCACUUUCUAAACAACAACAGUAAGUCAAGUUCAUAUGUCUUUUUGUACAUAUUGUUAACUAGGGAGUGAGGGGGGGGGGGGGUUUCAACAAGUCCCGAUGCCUUGACUGUUUUGUGUGCUCCAAGUCUUAAUGAAUUGCUUAAUUUGCUUAACCUUAAAUGUGCAGGUUCAGUAUGAGGCGUUUUGUCUUUGUAAAAAAAAAAAAAAAAGAAUUGACGGCACACGUCACAAAUAGAUGUGAGAGGACAGAGGACAAUCACAAAAAAAAAGUUUCUGCAACAUUCCAGAUGACCCUCAAUAAGUAAGGUCUGAAAAGUAUUAUGAAUCCCUUCAACAACACUGAACUGAUUAAAAGCAGGCAUUCGGAGGGAAAAAAAAUCAUCGGUGGUCAACUCAAACAAUAAUCCUAGACACAUGUUUUCUUGCAGGGAAAGCCAGCCUCAGUGAUGGAGCAGUCAGUCCUACUUGUGUUUUUAAUAUCUGCAUUUUUUUAAACAGUCACAACGUGUACUUAAUCAGCUAAUACGCCGUAUUAGAAUAUUAAAUUAGAACUGUCACUUAAAUAUAUUGGGUCUGCUUCCUACUCUAGGGUAGCCUGAACUAUUAGAGGUUUUUUUUAUUGGGUCUAUUUUUUGAAAGGAAUGCUUUUAUGGUUUACACUCGGUAGCUUUGGCUGAUUAGGGCAGCAGUUAGAGCUUUAAGUCACAAAGGGCUUCUUCAUGACUGCUGACACUGUUCAUUAUCCAAGAUGACAUUCCACUUUAAGACAGAAAAGAAGCAGCUGUGAUGAAAUGCUGGGGACAUGGGUGUAGAUAAAUAGAUGGAUAGAUGACCUUUAUUGUAGGGUUGGGAGAGUCCCUUGUACAGAAACAUUAAUAUUGUGAAAUAAUGAAUUUGCACUGCAUAGAUUAAAACCUGACCUGAACCCAGGAUGAGAAUGAAUUGAGACCUUUACGAAAUAUUAACAACACAGUUUGUUUUUUUGCGGAAAAAAAAUAGAAAUGCUCAAUUAUUUAUUUUUGUAUUAUUGACAUUCUGAUUGCUGACAGUGUAAUCCCUUAGUAUUUUAUCACUAACAAUCUCCCUUUGCCCUUUAAUCUUUCCCACCCUGUACUGACUUUGUAAAUGUUGCCUCUUUAUGACAGAGGAUGUACAGAAGAGAUUGUUUUUUAACAAUAGAUUAAGUGAUCUCUUACCGUCCUGUGGAAAGGAACUGAAUGUCUACACUUAAGUGCGCUGCAAUAAAUGAGUUUGUGUAUUGA